AUGCUUUGCUCAAUGACUAAUACACUCACUACACUAGAUCUCGAAUGGAAUCAAAUUGGAGAUAUUGGAGCACAACAUUUGGCUGACGCAAUACGAUACAACACAACACUCAUCUCACUAAAUCUUUUGCGCAAUGGAAUCGGAGCUGCUGGAGCACAUCAUUUGGCAGAUGCAUUACAAGACAACAAAACACUCACCACACUAAAUCUUUAUUUCAAUCAAAUCGGACUUGUUGGAGCACAACAUUUGGCAGAUGCAUUACAACACAACACAACACUGACCGCCCUAAAUCUUUCGAGCAAUGGAAUCGGAGAUGUUGGAGCACAACGUUUGGCAUUUGCAUUACAACACAACACAACACUCACCGAACUAAAUCUUUAUUACAAUGCAAUCGGACUUGUUGGAGCACAACAUUUGGCAGAAGCAUUACAACACAACACAACACUCACCACAUUAAAUCUUUCGGGCAAUGGAAUCGGAGCCGUUGGAGCACAGCAUUUGGCAGAUGCAUUACAACUCAACAAAACACUCACCGUCCUAAAUCUCUGGAGCAAUGCAAUCGGACUUGUUGGAGCACAACAUUUGGCAGAUGCAUUACAACAUAACACAACACUCACCGCACUAAAUCUUUAUUUCAAUCAAAUCGGAUAUUUUGGAGCACAACAUUUGGCAGAUGCAUUACAACACAACAAAACACUCACCGCCCUAAAUCUCGAUUGCAAUGGAAUCGGAGAUGUUGGAACACAACAUUUGGCAUUUGCAUUACAACACAACACAACACUUACCACACUACAUCUUUCUUCCAAUCAAAUCGGAUCUGUUGGAGCACAACAUUUGGCAGAUGCGUUACAACACAACACAACAAUCACCUCACUAGAUCUUGCGGACAAUGGAAUCGGAGCUAUUGAAGCACAGCAUUUGGCAGAUGCAUUACAACACAACACAACACUCACCACAUUAAAUCUUUCGGGCAAUGGAAUCGGAGCUGUUGGAGCAAAGCAUUUGGCAGAUGCAUUACAACACAACAAAACACUCACCGGACUAAAUCUCUGGAGCAAUGCAAUCGGACUUGUUGGAGCACAACAUUUGGCAGAUUCAUUACAACAUAAUACAGUAACUGUCUUUCUUUCGUUAUCUAUGUCAUGUCUUCACUGA